AUGGCACUGAAGCUGAGCAGUGAGGAGCCGGUGUUUCACCGUAGGAGGAAGAUGCCACCAGGGGAUGAGGCGAUCUGCAGGGAGAAGAUCAAGGAGUUAUUGGAGGCAGGGCUGAUCAGGAGGUCCGAGUCCGAGUACGCAACCCCGACCGUGGUAGCAGCCAGGAAGGAUUUGACAGGAGAGGUGCUGAGCCGGAGGAUGUGCGGGGAUUACAGAGAUCUUAACAAGAUCACGGUGCCAGACAGAUACCCAAUGCCGAUGGCGGAAGAACUUUUUGACAAGAUGGCCGACGGGGUGUAUUUCACAACACUAGACCUGCGACAGGGAUUCAAUCAAAUCAAGAUCAGUGAGGAAGAUGUGAAGAAAACGGCUUUCCACGGACCGGAUGGGUUGUACGAAUGGCUGUACAUGCCCUUUGGUCUGAGGAACGCCUCAGCGGUGUUCCAGCGCGUCAUGGACGCGGUGCUGAGGGGGAUAGAGCAUGCAGCAUGCUACAUCGACGACGUGGUGAUCUUCAGCUUGACCGAGCAGCAGCACUUGGAGGACGUGGAGAGGACAUUGACGGCUAUAGAAGAGGCAGGGCUCACGUGCCACCCUAACAAGUGCAGAUGGGGGGAGCAGACGGUGCAGUACCUGGGGUACGAGGUCACAGGGGGACAGAUUGGGAUCCAGCAGGCAAAGGUCCAGGUGCUAGACAAGUUAAGGGAGCCAAGAGAUAAGUCAGGACUGCGUGCAGUCCUGGGCUUCCUCAGCUAUUACAGGCGCUUCGUGCCGAACUUCAGCAAGAGAGCGGGUGCUGAACGGGAUGCUGCGAGAGGACAUGGCGUGGGAGUGGGGAGAGAAGCAGAGGGAGGCGCUGCACGAUCUCAUGUCAGCAGUGAAGACGGCGACAGUGCUGCGGCUGCCAGCAGCAGACCAGCCCUUCAUCCUCUACACCGACUGGAGCAGCCAGGGGAUGGGGGCGAUCCUGGCAGAGAGUUCACGCUAGUUACAGACCAUCAGCCACUCACGUGGCUAAUGACGACGCCGGGCCUGACGGGGAGGAAUGCGCGGUGGGCAGUAAAGCUGCAGGAAUAUGAUUUCAAGAUCAGGCACAGGCCGGGGAAGACACUGCAGCACGUUGAUGGCCUGUCCCGCAACCCGCCACCACCAGAAGCAGAGCAGGCCGCCAAGCAGAUGGGAGAGACGGAGCAGGAGCCAGCACAGACCUUAAUCCUGCUGGCGAGGGAGGUAGAGCGGGCGGGUGCAAAAGGGAGCAAGGGGCCAGCCGACAUAUGGCUGGAUGCAAAGGCAAUGGAGUGGCUGAAGGGAGAGACGGAGGAAGAUGAAACGGUGCCCGAAAGGGUGAGGGCACGGGGACACCACUACAGGUGGUAUCAGCAGCAGCUACAGAUCAAGACGGAGGACGGCUGGAAGCCGGUGCCAGCACCUGAAGAGCGUGACGCUGUGAUCAAGGAAGUCCACAACAAGCUGGGACAUUUCGGGCACGAAAGGACAGUGCAGCUGCUCAAGACGGGCUGGUGGUGGGAAGGGAUGCGCAGGCAGGUGAAAGAGUGGGUGGAAGGACCUCGGGAGCUGCCGCUGAGCAGGAGCGGGAAUCAGUAUAUAGUGUUCAUGGUGGAACAUGUGAGUAAGUGGCUGGAGGUGAGAGCCAUACCGAGCAAGAGCGCGAGGCAUAUUGCAGCAGCCUUCAAGGCGCAGGUGGUGUGCCGAUUUGGAGCGUGCCGGGAAGUACUCACUGAUCAAGGAACAGAGUUCCAAGGAGAGUUCAAGAAGCUGCUGGCGGAGUCUGGCAUCGCGCACCGUAAGACCUCCCGCUACCACCCGCAGAGCGACGGGCUGACUGAGCGGGCCGUGCAGACCUUUAAGCGGGGACUGCGGGCCUAUGGGGAGCAGAGGAAGAGAGACUGGGAUGAGGAGUUGGACUGGAUAGCAGCAGGGUACAGGUUCGGGAAACAGACAGCCCUGAAGGACCACUCCCCGUACAGCCUACUUUACGGACGAGAGCCCAUACUGCCAGUGGGGGCACCGCGGGUAUUGACUGAUACAGUGACGGCGGGCACGAUCAAGAACUGGGUAGCUCUGUCCGAGGUGAGAGCGCGCUACAUGCGCUACAUGAUGCCAGCUGCACUGGAGAACCUGCACACCGCGCAGCUGAGGGAUGCCAGGAGGUAUGAACAGAGGCAGCGCAAGGGAGAUGGGCGAGUGACAAGGGGCGUCAGCGAAGGGCAGGAGGUGUAUCUCAAGAGAGCAAAGCAGGACACCUUGGAUGUAGGACUGGGGACGGUCCGCUGGAAGGUCAAGGAGGUGCGCCCUUCGGGGGUGCUGGUCCUGGAGAAUGACACGGGAGCGCAGUUGAAGGAGCAUCAAACGAACACGGCAGUGAUCCGAGGAAUAGGGCCUCAGCGCAACGGUCCCGUGACCCGCGCUCAAGCUGCGCGAGCACGGGCACAGGAGGGGGCAGAGGGUGGCUGA